UUUUUUUCUUAUUUUUACACCUUCUUUUAUUGCUUUACAUUGUUACUUACACCGGUCAUUGCUAAUACCAAUAUGAGACUGGCACUGGUGCGUACCUUACGUAACAAGUACUGUUGUGAGUGGCUGCCCUAAUUUAGCAAUUCUUAAACUAAAAUGUCUCACGUCCAGUUUCAUUGUUUUACACUUAGUAAAUGAUACUUCAGAUCCAGGUCCUGGAGAUCAAAGUAUGGUCAUCAACAAGGCAAGGCUGGCUCUUACCAAGUGACUCAGAAUCAUGGCAAUGCACACAAACCUUAGAUCUCAGAAGUUCAUCAGAGCCCCAGGCCUUUUCCACCAAGUGGCUGGGCUAGAAUCCAUAAGCUAAGCUAAUGAAAGGGUCACAUUCAAUAGAAACCAGCUCCCACGAGAGGAGCUUGUUAAAGUGGGAAAGCUACCUUCUGUUGGGGAUCCUUCCUCUGUUGAGCUAGGAACCUACCCACUUUGUAAAGCUUUUAUGAAAGCCACUCAAAACUACAACUAGACUACCAGUAUAGGAACCUAAUGGGCAAGAAGACCAACUAAUAGAAAGUUGAGUUUUUCAGUGAAGCCUACCUAAUAUUCUGUAGUUCCGUCACUUGCUCCGUUGUUUGCUACUAGCGCACUAUGGCUUUACUUGACCUUUCCUACAUCAGGCUUUAAGCCGUAUCUUGGAGCCCCUUACUAUGAACUAUGGGCACAGGGGAGGGGGGAUGAGCAAACAGAGGCCCUGACGCGCUACAGCUUUGGUUUCCAACUUGCUCUCGUCUCCUUCGUUCCUUUCUCUCUUGACAGUCGUCCUUACUUCGCUCGCCUCUCACCACACAGAAUGUUUUGGCAGAUGGUUAGCAAGCUAGGCAAGCUUUAGCUUUGAAAGAAAGUCUUUAGGAGUAAAGUGAUCUUGGCCGGUAAGGAAGAAGAGUUCAAUCUUCUAGUUUCGAUGCACAUCCCCCAACUUCCGUCCUUUCUUUUAUCGUAGAUAAGCCACAGUUGGAAAUUCUUGAAUUCUAUUCCGGGUGUUGAAACCUUUCUUUGACUCACACAUGUUUCUUCUUCAUUGCUGUUUGGAUAACAAGCUGUCAUCCUUGUUAAUAGGCUUGCCAUACCAGCAAGGUGGAGUAUGUGCACUCAGUUUGACUUUCUUCCUUUUUCUUUUACCGCUCUUUCGAAAUGGGUCACAGGAAUAGGGCUACCUUUUUAUAAAUAGACAGGUCAAGUCAUAAGAACAAGUAAGCGAAAAAAGGCAAGUGAGCCAAGAAUUGACACAAACUAGCCUAGAGAGAUCGAAAAGAAAGAUUAGGAACUAGCCAAUCCAUGGGUAUACCAAGAAGUUACAAAAGUAGUCCCUGUAAACCAACCCCCUAAAGCGAAAUAAGCACAAGGAAAGAGCAAUAGGCCGGACCAUCCUAUAAAAACGAAACGGUCCCUUCGUAACCAGUCGUCCAUAAUAUCAAAUAGAUCAUUUUCUAUCUUCCAACAAUCUUCUCUUUAUUAUUCCACGGGUGGAACAUAAGUGACACGAGCCAGUACGCGAGCGUAGGAAUGGAGCGAGCAAGAUUCCUUUGGACUUACUUUGGUUUUGCAUAUAUUAUCAUAUAGAAAGAAACGUAGCGAUUCCGUAUCUAGUUUGUGUCUUAUUAUUCAACCAUGGAUCGCUGCGCAGGAAUCAAAUCAACGAGAAAUACUAUACUAGACUAGACUAUACUAGAACUAGAAAUUUCAUCAACGAGAAAUACAAUACUAUACUAGAAAUUUCAUCAACGGGAAAUACAAUACUAUACUAGAAACUAGAACUAGACUAGACUAAAAAUUUCUAGUAGCGAAGGAAAAGCGUGAAACAAUGUCAUGUCGCGACUCGACAUGUUAGAAGGAGCUAAAUCAAUAGGUGCCGGAGCUGCUACAAUUGCUUUAGCGGGAGCUGCUGUCGGUAUUGGAAACGUCCUCAGUUCCUCGAUUCAUUCCGUGGCGCGAAAUCCUUCAUUGGCUAAACAAUCAUUUGGUUAUGCUAUUUUGGGCUUUGCUCUCACCGAAGCUAUUGCAUUGUUUGCCCCAAUGAUGGCCUUUCUGAUCUCAUUCGUUUUCUAGUGUCUAACGAAGAAAAGAACUACAUAUGGUCUGAUACUUACUUCCUUGAAAAGAGGAAGACAAGUUAUGUAGGCGGUAGCCAUUCAUGUAGCGGUUGCUCGACCAAAGCCAGAUAAAGAAUCUCCAACAAGAUUAGAAAUUGGAUCGUUCAAGUCCAAAGGAUAGAGAAGAAAUCCUAUCCAUCAUGGUCACCAGAAGAUUUUUCAUCGAGACAAAACGCUGCUAACGCUGUAGUAUUGGAAUAUUUUGACUACUACAGCGAGCGGGAAAAAAAGAAAAACCUUCUGUCGACUAGAGUUUGAUGUCGAUUUAUCCACACUUCCAUGACUUCUAGAGGAAAGCUAACUGCUUGCUGGCUGGGAGCUGUAUGAGCGGUAACGUCCACGUACGGCUCCGUGAGAAGGUGGA